AUGGCGCAGCUUUUGUGGCUGGCGCUCGGGGUUCUUCUUCUGGCCAGCUCGGUGGCAGACGCGGCGACUGCCAAUUACACGUUCACAGUGCAGAGCAUGAAAAUUAACCAGCUGUGCAACAGCACUGACAUCAUUGCGGUGAACGGCCAGCUGCCAGGCCCGACGAUAGACGUGUUCGAGGGCGAUGAGGUGGUCGUCGAUGUGAUCAACGCGUCGCCGUACAACUUAACCAUCCACUGGCACGGCAUACUCCAGAAGCUGACGCCAUGGGCGGACGGGCCGAGCAUGGUGACGCAGUGCCCGAUCCAGCCCAACGGCUCCUACACGUACCGGUUCAACGUGACGGGGCACGAGGGCACGCUGUGGUGGCACGCGCACUCCUCCUUCCUGCGCGCCACCGUGUACGGCCCCCUCAUCAUCCGCCCCCGGAACGGCACCGCCUACCCCUUCCCGGCGCCGGACCAAGAGGUCCCCGUCGUACUUGGGACAGGCGAGUGGUGGAGCCAGAAUGUCGUCGACGUCGAGAAGGACGCCGUCAUGGCCGGCCAGCUGCCCAGCCACUCCGACGCCUUCACCGUUAACGGCCUCACCGGCCAGCUCUACCAGUGCGCAAAUGAGACGUUCACGGCGGUGGUGCAGCCCAACACGACGGUGCUGCUCCGGGUGAUCAACGCCGCGCUCAACACGCACCUCUUCUUCAAGGUGGCCGGCCACAACUUCACGGUGGUGGCCGUGGACGCCUGCUACACGGCCAACUACACCACGGACACGCUGGUGCUGGCGCCGGGGAACACCGUGGACGCGCUCGUCUAUACGGGCGCCGCGCCGGGGAGCUACUACAUGGCGGUGGAGCCGCACCACACGCUGUCGCCCGCGGCCACCACGGACGCCUCCGACGGCGGCUCCGUCGCCACGGGCAUCCUGCUCUACAACGGCACGUCGGCCACGGCGACGCCCGCCAUGCCCACUAUGCCGAACAACUCGGACUCGACGACGGCCAACGACUUCUACUUCGGGCUGCGGGGCCUGCCCGCGGCCGUGCCGUCGCCGGUGGACGUGAACAUGACCAUCCAGCUGGGGCUGGGCCAGCUGCCGUGCGACGCGGCCCAGACCAACUGCUCCGUGAACGCCUUCGCAGCGGCGAUGAACGGGGUCUCGUUCCGCCUGCCCACGCAGAUGUCGCUCCUGGAGGCGCAGUUCGGCAACGCGUCCGGGGUGUACACCGCCGACUUCCCCGACGGCGUGCCACCCAACGGCACGGCCAUGGUGGAGGGCACCAAGGUGAGGAGCCUGCCCUACAACUCCACGGUGGAGAUCGUGCUGCAGAACCCUAUGGCCUUCCCGUCGGAGAGCCACCCGAUCCACCUCCACGGCUUCAACUUCUUCGUUCUGGCGCAGGGGCUCGGCACCUUCGCCCCGGGCAACACCAGCGCCUACAACCUGGUCGACCCCGUGGCCCGCAACACCAUCGCCGUGCCCGCCGGAGGCUGGGCCGUCAUCCGCUUCGUCGCCAACAACCCAGGCAUGUGGUUCUUCCACUGCCACCUGGACGCGCACGUUCCGAUGGGGCUCGGGAUGGUGUUCGCGGUGGAGAACGGGACGACGGCCGACUCCAUGCUGCCUCCGCCGCCGGCUGAUCUGCCCAUGUGCUAG